AGAACAUGUGGGGUAUGAAAAAAAGCUGUUUUUUUUCUUCCUUUUAUGUUAUAGAUGUUUUUGUUGUUGAAAAGAUUGUACUUUUUUUAUGCCAAGAAGAGUUUUUUUUUAUGUACAAUUUGAAUUGUUGAAUCUUAGUGUGGUGGGUUGGUUGGUGUUAUGGUUUUAAUUCCAUUGUUUUAGUUUGUGUGAUUUGGUAGAAAUCUUGAAGUUUUUAAUUGUUUUGUACUGCAUAGUGAGUGGUUCAUCUGUUUUUCAUCAGUUUUUUUUGAAAGGUUUUAAACCGCGAGCAUGGUGGCAAAGACAUCAGAAACCCUUAUCACAGCCCUGAUAAAGAAGUUACAAUCGAUGUGGCUUGGAUUCCUCCAAAACAACAGUACCUCGAUUUUCAUGUAUGGCAAAAUGAGAUCCUUCUUUGGCGAAACCUAUAGUAUUUAGUAUUCGGUGAAACCUAUAAUCUUUAGUAUUUGGCGAAAGUGAAACCUAUAGUCUUCAUUGUUUGGUGUAGUAGAAGAUAUAACACAACAUUUGUAGAGGUGAACGCAAAAAAUGGAAUCUACAAGGCGUUGGUUUAGUAAGUUCAGGCCAAAAAGUAAGGAAGCUGCAAGCAAGGCAAAAGAAGGGUCUAAACCCCCAAUAAGCGAAGAACCACCUUCAACUGUAACGAAACAGAAGGUUGAUGCUGCAAAGCAUUACAUAGAAAAUCAUUAUAAGAAGCAGAUGCAGAGCCUGCAGGAGAGGAAGGAAAGACGUAAUAUGCUAGAAAAGAAAUUGGCUGAUGCCGAAGUCUCCGAGCAAGAGCAGAACAAUUUGCUUAAGUAUUUGGAGAAAAAGGAGACAGAAAUCAUGCGCCUUCAGCGGCAUAAGAUGGGUGCCGAUGACUUUGAGCCCCUGACUAUGAUCGGAAAAGGUGCAUUUGGAGAGGUUAGAGUCUGCCGGGAGAAGGCAACUGGUCAUGUAUAUGCUAUGAAGAAGCUUAAGAAAUCCGAGAUGCUUCGUAGAGGACAGGUUGAACAUGUCAAGGCUGAGAGGAACCUUCUUGCAGAAGUUGAUAGCAAUUGCAUUGUAAAACUUUAUUGUUCCUUUCAAGAUGACGAGUAUUUAUAUCUCGUAAUGGAGUAUCUACCUGGUGGAGAUAUGAUGACGUUGCUGAUGAGGAAAGAUAUACUGACUGAAGAUGAAGCUAGGUUCUAUGUCGGGGAGACUGUUCUAGCCAUAGAGUCCAUUCAUAAACAUAAUUAUAUUCAUAGAGAUAUCAAGCCUGACAACUUGCUGCUGGAUAAACAUGGUCACAUGAAAUUAUCAGAUUUCGGAUUAUGUAAGCCGCUGGACUGCAGUAACCUUCAGGAAAAAGACUUAUCUGUUGGUAUGAACAGAAGUGGACUCCUUCAAAGUGAUGGACGUCCUUCAGCUCCUAAGCGCUCACAACAGGAGCAACUGCAGCACUGGCAGAAAAAUCGCAGAAUGCUAGCCUAUUCUACGGUUGGAACACCGGAUUAUAUUGCUCCAGAAGUUCUAUUGAAGAAAGGAUAUGGCGUGGAAUGUGACUGGUGGUCUCUAGGAGCCAUAAUGUAUGAAAUGCUUGUUGGGUAUCCUCCGUUUUAUUCAGACGAACCAAUGGCAACUUGUAGAAAGAUAGUAAAUUGGAGAACUACUUUGAAAUUUCCGGAAGAAGCUAAACUUUCACCAGAGGCAAAGGAUCUUAUUUGCAGACUCCUAUGCAAUGUGGAGCAGAGGCUUGGAACUAAAGGAGCUGAUGAAAUAAAGGCUCAUGCAUGGUUUGAAGGUACUGAGUGGGACAAAUUGUACCAAAUGAAAGCUGCUUUUAUGCCUGAGGUCAAUGACGAAUUAGAUACUCAAAAUUUUGAGAAAUUUGAAGAGGCGGACAAGCAAACUGAACCUUCCUCAAAGGCAGGGCCAUGGAGAAAGAUGCUUCCAUCUAAAGAUAUUAACUUUGUUGGUUACACAUACAAGAAUUAUGAAAUUGUGGAUGAAAAUGUAAUACCUGGAAUUGCUGAAUUGAGGAAGAAGACAAAACCUAAAAGGCCAUCAAUUAAGUCCUUAUUUGCUGAAGAUGAAUCAUCUAAGGCUUCUUCUAAUCAACCUGUUAGAGGGAGCUUCUUAAAUCUCUUACCUCCUCAGAUGGAAGUUCCAGAGAAAAAUGUAUCACAAUGAUCUAAACUAAUAUAUCUUACAGCUCUUCCUAGUAGACCAUGACCAAAUGUUGAUGAUGAUGACUUCUGAUUGUUUUACUCUUUUUUCGGUACAUUCUUUGUUAGUUUGGUUCUAUAGUUUCUUGGAAACCAAGGUUCUGCAAACUUCUGGUUUUGGAUAGCUGGUUUUUUUGGCUGACUUGGGAUAUUUAUUGUGUAGAGAAAUUGUUUUAAGGUGUAUAUUCUUUAAUUCACCUUUUGUUAAGCUACAACAUAUUAAUAUAAGUUAAUUUAUUGUAACUGUUAUUGGUUCA